AUGUACUGGGCUUUAUACAAAACGUCCGAUGCAUUGAAUUUAAACAUAUAUUCUCAAACUCCUAUCUUCUGUGGACUUAUAUUAACUGCUGGACAAUUCAUGAUUUGUUUAGUAGUUCAUUCUCUAGUAGCCAUUGUUAUUAGUCGAUGUUUUACAAUAUGUUUUCCUAUGAAACGAUUCUUUAAAAGUAAAACUUGGACGUAUUUAUCGAUAAUUGCACAAUGGAUAUUUGGUUCACUUAUGUCAAUACCAAUUUUACUUGAUUGUUUAAAGGGAUGUUCUGAUGGCAUACCAUUGUACAGUUGGAUUUUCUUUUAUUAUUUACUAGUUAUAGUCAUAAUUCCUGUGAUUUUUUUUAUCAUUUUUAAUGGAAUAAUUAUUGUUUCUGCUCGAUUAUCCAGUCGACGUGUUCAUGCGACUACAAUAGCUACCGCGCCUAGAACGAAUACAACUCAUCAACAACAUCAUCGAGAUAUAAAAUUACUCAAACAUAUACUUUUCUUAUUUUUUGUAUUUAUAUUUGGAUGGGCGCCAACUUAUAUCGCUACAUUUCUUCAAGAUCCCUUUAUACCAUGGUGGGUGUAUGAUGUACUACAAAUUCCACCUACAUUUACUGUUAUUAUUCAAACUGUGGAUUUAUUUAUUUAUAAUCGUGAAGUUCGUCAAUAUUGGAAGGAACGAAUUAAUCGUUGUUUUAGAUGA